AGGAUGACGUAUUUACGUUGACCAGUACAGGAAGUUCUCUGGUAGUUGUCAGAUAGUCGACUUUGUUUUUUCUAUUAUUAUUAUUAUUAUUUUUUUAUCCAUUCUCUUAAUAGACUUGCAUAUAUUUUAACCGAUUAAAGUUUAGUAAUGUAUGUAAUAUUUCUCAACAUCGUUCGAACUGCAUUGUAAUGCAUUAAGCUUUUUAAGGUCAGUGGUGGUGUUGUCAUUAGAAGUGCAGUUGGAUUUCUAAAGGUGAUCCACUCGUCCUCUAUAUUAACUCAAUCCCGGAGAUGUCGUGCACGCUGGAAAAGGUGCUGGGUGACGCGCGAACGCUGCUGGAGCGGCUGAAGGAGCACGACACGGCCGCAGAGAGUCUCAUCGAGCAGUCGAGCUCUCUCAGCCACAAGAUCCACAGCAUGAAGGAGGUCGCCAACACUCUCCCUGACAAGUAUAUGGAGGAAAACACAGAGUAUCAGGAGCUGUCCAGAUACAAACCUCACGUGCUGCUGAACCAGGAGAACACCCAAAUCAAAGAACUCCAGCAAGAGAACAGAGAGCUUUGGCUCUCUCUGGAGGAGCAUCAGUAUGCUUUAGAGUUGAUCAUGGGCAGGUACAGGAAGCAGAUGCUUCAGCUGAUGAUGGAAAAGAAGGAGCUGGAUACCAAACCUGUACUCAGCCUUCACCAGGAUCAUGCUAAGGAGGUCCAAAGCCAGUUGGAACGGAUAUGUGAAAUGGGUCAAGUUAUGCGUCGAGCAGUACAGAUGGAUGACCAACAUUACUGCUCUGUCAAAGAGAGACUAGCACAACUAGAGAUUGAAAACAAGGAGCUCAGGGAUCUUCUUUCAAUCAGUAGUAGCUUUGUGAGACCGCAGAGAGACGAGACAACCCCAUUAGAGAUGACGCCCAAGACCCUGGAGAAAUAGAGACCUAAUAGAGGAAAUGUCCCUAAAGCUGAGUGCAGUUUGUAUAUUUGUGUGUCAGGUGACCUGGUGUCAGCUGACAGUAAUAUCUGUUUACUUUUUAACCUGUCCUGGCAGUUGUUUAGCUUCCUGCUGCCCAAAAAUGCAUUUUUGAAUGUUUAGUAUAGAUAUCAAAAAGUGUUUGUUCAGGAAAGAUGCAUCACCUCCUCUCCAGUUUUUUAAAAAGAAUAAAAAAAUAGACAUUCAGUAACGUUAGGCAAAUGUGCAUUAUAGAUAAAUUCUGCCUCCAUUUCUGUUGACAUUUUCAUUUGUAGUUUUGUGAGGUUGCACAAUUAAAUUAAUAGCUGUCUAAUGUGUUUUGAGUAAAUUCUGUACAUGUGAAAACAGAUUAUCAACAGAUCCAACUAACCUCAGUAUAGUAUAGUAGUAUUGUUUUAAUAGUAUUGCAUCUUUCAAAUAUUUGAUGUAAUCAUUUUGUACAUCAUGUAACAUGGAAUUAUAAUCAUAAUUCUCUUUAGAUUGCCUCAAUGUUUGCCAGACUUUUUUAUUGUGAAUUGUUGUAUUUUCAUCUCAGGAGAGCAAUCACACGCACCACAGUUGUUAUUUUGUAACAGUAAAUAUGUAAUGUAAAAUAAAAUAGAAACAUUCAAGUUCA